AUGUCAGACCAGAGUGACAGCCGGAAUAGGUCAGAGGAGCACCAAAAUCUCAGUGAGGGCACUAGUCCCUCAAGCAGCUUUGAUGAUGGAAGCAGAAGCACACCCAGCAAUCUGCCUAAGGCUGCUACUAGGCAUAGGAAGAAGAGAACCUCAGAAUCUGAGGAUGAGGACUAUAUUGCUGAUGAGGAGGUCACUUCCAAGAAGAAGUUGAUCAAGAAAGAGCAAGUUGAUGUUGCUGCUGCUGGCAUUAAGCCAUGGAUGAAGAAGAAGGCUCCUGCUCAGAGGAAGCCUAUGUCAAAAGUUAGAGCAUCUACUCCAGAGAAAGCCCAACCAGCAAGUGGUGCGGGAAAAGAAAGGAAGGAAAUCAAAAGGGGAAGAUGGUGCAAACUUGUAGACCCAAUGGCUGAAUUUGAGAAGCAUUCAUCUGAAGAUGAGGAAGAGGAUGAAGAAGAUGCCGCACCAGCUCCCAAGACACAGAAAUUGAUGGGAGAUGCAAUCAAGUCAGGGGCUGCUCCUUCUAAGCCCAAGACUGCUCCCAAGCAAUCUUCACAAGCUCAAGCUCCUAAGCAAUCUGCACCUAAGAGAAGCACAAGAAACAUCCGAGCUGCUGAGAUGAACAAGGCCCCAGUGCCUGAAGUUCAGGUAGAUGAUGAGGCCCAAGUGCUCAGAAAGCUCAAGCCCAAGAUACCUGAUCAUGAUGACAAUCAUCCCAUUGCAGAAAACAUGAAGUUGAGGAAAGAUGCAGGUCUCAGAUUAUGGAGGCAAACAGAUCCAUAUGCUACAAGGAGAAGAACUGUUGUAGAUUACAGGUUCCACACCAAGGAACAACAGGACUUCUAUGAGACAGUCCUCCUAGGCAAGAAGCCCAUUGUCAGUGAUAUGAGAUGGGUUGAUUGGACAUACAUUGAUGACAAUGAAGACCACUUUCCUGGAGUCCUGUGA